AAGUUCUUAAAGUUAAAACUGAUCUGCAAAAUAAAAAUAUUGUUAACGAAAGUCUUGAAACUAGUAUCUACAAACUAAAUAAUGAACUGAAUAAUGUUGUGAGUAAUAGUCUGAAUAAUAAGAACUCAAGUAAUAGCUUGAAUGAUAACUUUGCUAAGAUAAAUAGUGAUUUGAACAAUAAUGAAAUAAAUAAUAAAUUGAAUAACAACUUGAAUAAUAAGAACUUAAAAAAUGAUCUAAACAAUAAUAUAAAUAGCAUCUUAAAUGAUAAUCUGAAAUAUAAUAUGAAUGAUGAUAUGAAUGACAAACUGAAAGAUGAUAUGAGCAUCAAUCUUAACAAUAAUAUAAACAAUGAUCUAAAUAUCAAUAUAAACACAG